GCAGAAACCGGCCGCACGGCCGCCCAGCGCAGCGCCUGCGGCUCCGCCAUGCCGGUUGAGGGCACGAGGCGAGGACGUCGGUCCUUUGAUAGGCAGUUUUUGGACCCGGAUGUGACUGUUCCUUAGACAACGGACAGCGAGGAGGCCAUCCUUGGUGAGUCGGACGAGGAUUGAGCGCUGGGCCAUGAGAUCAUCAGCAGGCGCCGGGAAGGACAGGUGUUCGGACAGACUCUUCUGAACUAUCAUGGCAGUCAAAUGGACUGGUGGACAUUAUUCUUCUGUUCUCUGCUUGGAUGCAAAUAAAGAAGGGCUGGUGGCUUCAGGAGGAGAGGAAGGUGACAUCAUCAUUUGGAGCCCAGAAGGGAAUCAAGUAGGACAGAUAGAAUUCCAAGGGUUUAAUGAUGUUACCUGUGUCAGAUUUUCUCCUACCUGUCCUAACAAACUGUAUGUAUCACAUGGUGAAAUUAUUAGCAUUCUGGAUGUCAGAUCCUUCACAGGUUCAACUGAGGAUUUCCAUGUGAAUGAAGAGGAAAUCAAUUGUCUUUCAUUGAAUGAAACAGAAAACCUCCUAGCUUCUGCAGAUGACUCUGGAACAAUCAAAAUCUUAGACUUGGUCAACAAACGAGUUAGCCGAUCCCUGAGGAAACAUUCAAACAUCUGUUCUUCUGUUGCUUUUCGGCCUCACAGACCUCAGAGCCUAUUUUCAUGUGGACUAGACAUGCAGGUAAUGCUGUGGAACCUACAGAAAGCUCGGCCACUCUGGAUGGUAAACUUACAGGAACAGGAAGAGGAACAGGAAGAAGGAACAGUCAAGAUAGGAGAACCAGAACAGGCAUCCAGUCAGCUCUCUAAUCCUGCCCUAGCUCACUCUCUCUCUGUGGCAUCUUGUGGGCGUAUUUUUAGUUGUGGUGCUGAAGAUGGUAAAAUCCGAAUUUUUAGAGUGUUGGGGGUCACCUGUGAACAGGAACUAGGAUUUAAGGGCCACACACUGGGGGUUUCACAGGUGCACUUCCUUCCAGAUUCCUAUUUGAUGCUCAGUGGAGGAAAUGAUGGGAAGGUAAAGUUAUGGGAUGUGAGCAGCAAAGUGGAGAGAAAACAGAGGAAUCCUGUAAAAUUCACCUAUAGGAAAAAGCCUAAAACACCAACCUAUCCCAAACCAAAAGAAAAGGAGAAUAUUUUAGAAACGAAUGAACCACCAACAUGUACUGACUUCUUACCAAAGCUGACUCUUGAACAUGGGGAAAAAGUGAACUGGCUCUCAUAUAGCAAGAUGAAAGGGUCUGGAAAGAUACUUGUUGCUGAUCAGAGCAAUUCCAUAUCUGUGUAUCCCCUAAGCGGAUUCUAGAUUAAAUAAAGAAAUCCAUUUCGGGUAGAAGAAUUUGUCAUCAUUGGUUCUUCAAUAUUUUGAAACAUUUCACUCCACCCUCUGCUUCUGACCCCAACUGACCUGAAAGUUCCUCACCUGGGGCUUUGCACUCCUGAUUGAUGAAGACUCUCCAUAUCUAGGCCAGCCCGGACCCAACACACUCGGCUGCCAUUUUCCUGAGGUGCCUGCCCUGCCCCCACCCAUUUCUGGGAACAAUAAUCAAAUAAGCACUACAUACCUGAAGGGAUAUGUCAGUGCCCUCCACUCCCCAUCCCUGUGUAUUUCCAGACCAAAUUUACCCCCUCCUGACCCCCACUCUCUUUUAUGUGUUCUAUUCCCCUAUUAGAAUGUAAGCUCCUUAAGGGCAGAGUCAGUGCUUGACACAUGCAUCCCUUAAUGCUUUUUAUUUAUUAACCAAGCAUAAUGCCUAGGAUGGAGGUACUUUAAUAAACACUUAAUUGAUUAAAGAAUGCAAAAUCCCUUACUCUUCAUUUAAAUAACUGGAGACAUACACUCCACUAUCAAGAUUGUAGGAAAAUUUAAGGAAAAGGAGUGUGUGCCCCGUAUGAGUUCAUGGAAGCAAGUUAAUGAUAUAACUAGGAUUGGGUCCCACAGUUUUUAUGUUACCCAUUUGAAGUUACUUACAAGGUCAUAUGACUUAGACAACAUAGAGACUGUUCAUUAACAGCCAAAAAAAAAAAAAA